AUGCCGGACGAGAAGCGGUUGAAGGCGAAAGAGACGAAGCGGAAGAACGUUCUCGAGGCGCUGAAGCGAUUGGAUGCAUUCGUCAAGAACUACGAUCCCGAUCAACACCAACAAGAAGUUCCCCAUCGUUUGGAUCGCUUGGAGAAAGUUUGGUGCGCAUACGAAAUCGUUCAGGAAGAGUACGAGGAGAUGGAUGACUCCGAAGAAUUCGUCCAGAAGAAUUUGGAGCUACGCGGAACUGUGGAGGAACUCUAUUUCCGUGUGAAGGCUGGAUUAUCAUCGAAGGUACCACCCCCGCCAAGCCCCACUGUCGCUGUUGCCCCCGCUGCCCCUGCUGCUCAACCAACUUUGGCCAAUGUAAAGCUGCCGACGAUUUCGCUGCCAGAAUUCGACGGAGAUUUCAACAAUUGGCUGACGUUUCACGACACUUUCAUGUCGAUGAUCCACUCGUCGACGGAGAUCUCCCAGGUCCAGAAGUUCCACUAUCUCCGUGCAGCCUUGAAGGGAGAAGCGGCCAGACUGAUCCAGUCCAUCACGAUCACAGCGAAUAACUACGCCGUCGCUUGGGAUACGUUGGUGAAUCGCUACUCAAACAAGGCCAUUCUGCGCAAGAAGCAUAUACGAGCCUUGUUGAAGCACCCCAAGAUCCCGAACAACAACGUCGAAGCCCUGCACAAAAUCGUCGAUGAAUUUCAGCGCCAUACGAAGGUCCUGGAACAGCUAGGCGAACCAGUUGACCAGUUCAGCUCGAUCCUCAUUGAAUUGCUGGAAGACAAGCUGGACGAUGCGUCGCUCACCGCUUGGGAGGAAUCGAUCGCAACGAACGCUCACCCAACAUACAACGAGAUGGUCGAUUUUUUGCAGAAACGCGCCCGUAUACUGGAGACCAUUUCGAUCAAUCGCCCGCAGAACAAUGCUUCCAAGUCGUUUAGCCACCCGUCAGCCCAGAAGAAGCCGAGCCAGCCGAGAUUGAGCUCCAACGCUGCCACCGAAGUUUCAUCGAAAUCCUUCCCGACGUGCCCUGCGUGUGAGAAACAGAGGCACUCAAUUUUCGAUUGUACCGUUUUCAACGGCCUCGAUCCCAAAGGUCGCAUGAAAGUUGUAACGGAGAAGAAGCUUUGCAGUAACUGCUUCCGCAGUGACCAUUUCGCUCGCAACUGCCGCUCAAAGUUCAGCUGCAAGCACUGUUCGAGACGUCAUCACUCCAUGAUUCAUCCCGGACCGGCAGAGAUGGAGAAAUCCGCUCCCGAAGCAGGAAGCGACAACCCUUCGCCUGGUCCAUCUAGCGUGGUAACAGCUGUUGCCGCAAUCCCGACACCCGAGGUCGUCUCCACCGUUAAAUCGUCCAAUGCCAGCGUUUUGUUGACCACAGUGGUGCUCAUAGUCGUCGAUGUCUACGGACAAGAACACGUGGCCCGUGCCCUGUUGGAUACAGGAUCCCAACCGAACGCAAUCAGCGAACGCCUGUGUCAGCUGCUCCACCUUCCUCGGAAAACUGUUAACGUUCCAAUAGCUGGAGUUGACAGCACUGUUACGAACGCCAAGCAUGAAGUCCGAGCAGAAAUCAGAUCCCGUGUCGUCAACUUCUCGGAAUCCUUGGAAUUCCUGGUACUCCGGAGAGUUACGAGUGAUACACCUUCAGCAUCGUUCUCCACCUCCCGGUGGAACAUCCCCGAAAACUUCGCCCUCGCGGAUCCCGACUUCAACACUUGCAGAAAGGUGGAUAUGAUCAUCGGCGCUGCGCAUUUCUAUUCGUUCCUCCGAGAUGGACGUUUUCGCCUGAUGGACCAAGGUCCCUUACUGGUUGAAACGGUAUUUGGCUGGAUAGUUGCUGGCAAAUUUGAAAACCCAGCAGAAUGCAGCAAUCGACCCGCCGUAACUUGUCAUGUGGCGACAGUUACCUCCGUGAGUGAGCAACUCGAACGCUUUUGGCGCAUCGAGGAGCUAAAUGGAUCGGACUAUUCCGUUGAUGAGCAGAAGUGCGAGGAUUACUAUCGCGAAACAGUUUCUCGUGACCCGAGCGGUCGCUACGUCGUCCGAAUGCCGAAGCACCCCGAGCACGACCGAAUGCUAGGAUCGUCGAAGUUGUCUGCUGUUCGUAGGCUGAAGUGGUUAGAGCUGAAACUGGCGAAGGACGAAAAUAUGAGGAUUCAGUACCAUGAUUUUCUCCGCGAAUACGUCGCUCUCGGCCACAUGACUCCAGUUCCCGAUAAUGAAGAGUGUAGUUCGAACGUUUUUUAUCUCCCGCACCACCCCGUACUGAAGGAGUCGAGCAGCACCACGAAGGUGAGAGUGGUAUUCGACGGCCUCCGAUUUCGAAAGUUUCCGGUUGCAUUGGUGGCGGACAUCGAAAAAAUGUACCGCCAAGUCUCGAUGAACCCCGCAGAUCGCCCGCUCCAGAGAAUUCUAUGGCGGUUCGACGCUUCUGAGCCAAUUCAGACGUAUGAGUUGGGUACCGUCACGUACGGCCUCGCCCCGUCCUCCUUCCUCGCCACCCGGACGCUUUUGCAGCUGGUUGAAGAUGAAGGCACCCCGUUCCCGAAAGCUAGCACGGCCAUCAAGAAGAACGUUUACGUGGACGACCUUAUCUCUGGACACAACAGCAUCGAAGAAGCCAUCGAACUCCGUGAAGAACUGGACUGUCUUCUGCAGAAAGGUGGUUUCCGUUUCCGAAAGUGGUGCUCCAAUUCCCUUCCAGUUCUGGCUGGCCUACCUCCCGAGUUACUCGGGACGCAAUCGUCUUUGAAGUUCGAUCCCGAAGAAAGCAUCAAAACACUCGGAAUACGAUGGGAACCGGAAGCAGAUCUUUUCCGCUUCGACGUUUCCGUUACGAUCCAGAAUAAAUCACCGACCAAGCGCACCAUACUUUCCACGAUCGCUCAGCUUUACGACCCUCUUGGCCUGAUCUCUCCCGUCGUCGUUCAGGCAAAAAUUCUAAUGCAGAACCUCUGGCUGUUGGCGUUGGACUGGGAUGACGAAGUUUCUCCAGAUCUCCAACGAAAAUGGGCUCAAUUUUGUGAACAGCUUCCCACCCUCUCCAACUUCCGCAUCGAAAGGUUUGCUUUCGCCCAUGGUUUCCAAACUGCGGAACUGCAUUGCUUCGCUGAUGCGUCCGAGGUCGCAUAUGGUGCCUGCAUAUACGUUCGCUCUGUUGCCGCUGAUGGACAAGUGCAAGUGAGUCUCCUGGCUUCAAAGUCUAAAGUGGCCCCACUAAAGCCGCUUAGUAUCCCGCGUCUUGAGCUGUGCGCAGCUCUCCUUGCCUCUCGCCUGUACGAGAAGAUUGUCAGCUCGUUGGACAUGGAGUUUGAUGGAAGCUUUUUCUGGUCCGACUCAACAAUCGUUCUUCAGUGGAUGAAGGCACCUCCACGAACGUGGAAAACGUUCGUAGCGAACCGCAUCGCUGAAAUUCAAGCUUCAACCGUUACUUUGCACUGGCAACACGUCUCCGGGAAAGAAAACCCUGCAGAUAUGAUAUCCCGUGGAGUUUUCGUCGAAGAGCUGAUCCGCAGCGAGCUGUGGAAGCACGGUCCCCCGUGGUUACGUGAAGACAAAUCAACGUGGCUCUCCCAAGGUAUCCCAGAAACCAAGUUCAGCGUAGAAGAAUUGGAGUUGAAAAAGAAUGUAAUUCUGACGACCCAGAUUCGCCAUCCCGAUUCGCUGUUCGAAAGGUUUUCGUCGUACCAAACCCUCCUCAAUGUAGUUGGGUUCUGUUUUCGUUUUUGUCACAAUGCCCGUUACAAACAGCGACGAAACUCCAGCAGUGUACUCUCCGUUGCCGAACUUCAUCAUGCCAGGACAGCCCUGGUCAAACUCGUCCAAGCUGAAACGUUUCCCGAUGAUCUGCAGCGCCUAAAGAAAGGGUUCAUGGUGUCCAGUAAAUCGCCUCUUCGCCUGCUAAGCCCAUUCCUAGACGCUGACGGGCUGAUCCGUGUCGGUGGCCGGUUACGGCUAGCUGACACACCAUACGACGUGAAGCACCAAAUCGUGCUCCCUGGAUUUCACACGUUUACACGCCUCCUACUGAAAUUCCAUCAUCGCAAGCUAGUUCAUGGUGGGAUUCAGAUGACUCUCGCAGUCGUCCGCGACGAAUUUUGGCCACUGAACGGUCGGAAAGCUGUUCGGAGUGCUAUUCGGAACUGUUACGAGUGCAGUAGGGCGAACCCGCAGCCGAUUCAACAACCGAUCGGCCAGCUGCCGAUUGCCCGAGUCACCGCAAAUGAAGCCUUUGUCUGCACAGGGGUUGAUUAUUGUGGUCCCGUUUUUCUUAAGCCCGUCCACCGUAAAGCUGCAGCCCGUAAAAGCUACAUCUGCGUUUUCGUCUGCUUGAGUACAAAGGCCGUUCACCUCGAGCUCAGAAACAGGCCUCAGCAUUUGUACUCCGACAACGGUACAAAUUUCAUCGGCGCGAAAAAUGCACUGCACAAGGUAUAUCAAAUGCUUCAACCCGGACCCGAUAGCGACAAAAUCAGUAAGCAUCUCGCUGAAGAAAACAUCCAGUGGCACCUGAUUCCCCCGCGUGCCCCCAACUUCGGUGGUCUAUGGGAGGCCGCCGUAAAGGUGGCCAAAGCCCAUCUGGUCCGUCAACUCGGAUCGUCAUUGCUGUCCUUCGAGGAACUAACAACGGUUCUAAUCAGAAUCGAAGGAUGUAUGAACUCCCGCCCGCUUCUUCCACUUUCCAGCGAUCCUAACGAUCUGGGAACUCUCACACCCGCACAUUUCCUCGUGCGGAACAUGAUCCGCCCGCUCCCCGAAGUCGAUAUAAGAAAUGUACCGCUGAAUCGCCUCAACCAGUACGAGAAGCUCCAGAAGUACUCUCAAAACUUCUGGUACAGAUGGCGAAACGAGUACUUGAAGGAGUUGAACCAGCAGUACUGUACCAACCCGAAGCGCUACCAGGUCAACGUUGGUGACAUCGUGAUCUUGAAGGACAAAUCCCUUGGUCCUGCCCGCUGGCCGCUAGCCCGUGUUAUGGAGACGCACCCUGGCCCAGAUGGUGUGACCCGUGUUGCAACCCUCCGAACUUCAUCCGGGAUCCUGAAGAGAGCUGUCUCCAAGAUAUGCCCGUUAGAGUGUGUCACUGAAGGCUGA